CAGGUCGAGCUGCUCGGGGUCUCCCACACCUUCUCCGGGCAGCCGCGCGACAGCCCCGAGGAGGCGGACGCCGACGUCGCCCGGCGCGUGCUCUGGUACCUGCAGUGCCCUGGGCUGGAGGACGCCUUCGAGCCCGACCGCGAGCACGUCUCCGCGGCGGUGCGGGAGAUCCCGGGGCCCUCGCCCGGCUGGCCUCCGAGGGGCGACAACGGGGGCUCGGAGGCGGAGCUGGCCGAGCGCAAGACGGCGCUCAUGCGGCUCCAGAACCGCCUGCAGCAGGCCUUCGCCAGGCGCCUGGAGGCGGGCAGGAGCGUGUGGCACUGGACCUACGAGCGCGACGAGGCGGACGGGCUGUGGCCCCCGCUCUACCGCGCCACGGCGGAGGUGCCGGUCACCGGGCGCAGCUUCGCGGGCGGCUGGGCGCGCGGCCAGCGCGAGGCGCAGCUCGACGCCUGCUCGAGGAUCUCCGACUUCCUCGACGCCCUGGCGGCCGCCCGGGAGCCGCGCGACCGCGCCGCCGCCGACGGCCCGCCGCCGGCGGCCCGCCGGGCCUCCUCCAGAGAGCCGCGGGGCUCCUAGGGGGGCCCGCCGCCGGGGGCCGCCCGGCCGCGCGGCGAGACGGCGCCCCCCUCCCCCGCGCGCGGGCGCGCCCGUCGAGGGCCCGCUCCCGGGCGAGGGGGCCACACGGCGUGGUGAGGCCGUGCGGACUCGGGGCCGCUCGGGCGGAGAUUCGAUGUCGUGUUUUUUCCAAUGCGGGUUCCCCAGAAAUUGCUCCACACCUUCCCCCUCAUUCCAUCUCCUCCCACCUAUUCCUCCUAUCCUUGGCGGCCCGUUGCUGCCACAAAGAUGGCAGGCGAAUUCGCGCGCACUAGACAGGGCAGUGCCGUGACAGCAGCAGCGGCCUCGAGGGUUGGAGGGCCGGGGGGCUUCGGGAUUUUGGCGAUGCCAGGUCGCUGCAGUCCCACCUGCGCCGCCCCCUCCCCCCCUUGGGAGCCUCUGCUGAUACAGUAGGCACACCAGAUCAG